CUUGAAGUAUAAUUAGGAACAGAGGCUCCACGGGGCGAGAGAACCACUGGCUGACACAGCUAUGGAGAUGAUCUGUCUAGUGCUGAAAAUGUCUCCAGAUUUUUGACAACGGCUAAAUAACCAUGGGGUCCAGCGGCCUCGGGAAAGCAGCGACGCUAGAUGAACUGCUCAGCACAUGCAUUGAGAUGUUUGAUGACAAUGGGGAACUGAACGACAGCUACUUGCCAAGAAUAGUUCUCCUGAUGCACCGAUGGUAUUUAUCUUCCACCGAACUGGCAGAAAAACUCCUCUGCAUGUAUCAGAACGCCAGUGGAGACAGCUGUGAUGAGUUCCGGCUGAAGGUCUGCUAUUUCAUGAGGUACUGGAUUCUGAAAUUCCCUGCAGAGUUUAAUUUGGAUCUUGGUUUGAUUCGUAUGACUGAGGAGUUCCGGGAAGUAGCAGGUCAACUAGGAUAUGAAAAACACAUCAACCUCAUGGACAUAUCCAGCAUUCCUUCCUAUGACUGGAUGAGGAGAGUCACACAGAGGAAGAAAGUAUCCAAAAAGGGGAAGGCCUGUCUCUUAUUUGACCAUCUGGAGCCCAUUGAGUUGGCGGAGCACCUCACUUUUCUGGAGCAUAAAUCUUUUAGAAGGAUCUCAUUCACAGAUUAUCAGAGCUACGUCAUCCAUGGCUGCCUGGAGAAUAACCCAACGUUGGAGAGAUCUAUUGCUUUAUUUAAUGGAGUCUCCAAGUGGGUCCAGUUGAUGGUUCUCAGCAAACCAAGUCCUCAGCAAAGGGCAGAAGUCAUCACAAAGUUCAUCAACGUAGCACAGAAACUCCUUCAACUAAAAAAUUUUAACACCUUGAUGGCAGUGGUUGGCGGCCUUAGUCAUAGCUCCAUUUCCCGACUCAAAGAGACCCAUUCUCACCUCUCCUCAGAAGUUACAAAGAACUGGAACGAAAUGACAGAGCUGGUCUCCUCCAACGGCAAUUAUUGCAAUUACCGCAAGGCCUUCGCCGACUGCGACGGCUUUAAAAUCCCCAUCCUGGGCGUGCACUUGAAGGACCUGAUAGCGGUCCACGUCAUUUUCCCGGACUGGAUGGAGGAGAAAAAAGUGAACAUCGUGAAAAUGCACCAGCUCUCCGUUACCCUGAGCGAGCUGGUCUCCCUGCAGAACGCCUCUCACCACUUGGAACCGAACAUGGAUCUGAUCAACCUGCUCACUCUCUCUCUGGACCUCUAUCACACUGAAGAUGAUAUUUACAAACUGUCACUGGUGCUGGAGCCUAGAAAUUCUAAAUCGCAGCCUACCUCCCCCACGACACCCAACAAGCCUGUGGUGCCCCUGGAGUGGGCUUCAGGGGUGAUACCAAAGCCAGACCCCACAAUCAUCAACAAACACAUAAGGAAGUUGGUUGAGUCCGUGUUUCGAAACUAUGAUCACGACCAUGAUGGAUACAUCUCCCAGGAGGAUUUUGAGAGUAUCGCUGCCAAUUUCCCCUUCCUGGAUUCCUUCUGUGUGCUAGACAAAGAUCAGGAUGGCCUAAUUAGCAAAGACGAAAUGAUGGCUUAUUUCCUGAGAGCUAAAUCCCAGCUACACUGCAAAAUGGGACCAGGAUUUAUCCAUAAUUUUCAGGAGAUGAACUACCUCAAGCCGACCUUCUGUGAACACUGUGCGGGAUUUCUCUGGGGCAUCAUCAAACAAGGCUACAAAUGCAAAGACUGUGGAGCCAACUGUCACAAGCAGUGCAAAGACCUCCUGGUUCUGGCCUGCAGGAGACUUGCCCGGGCACCCUCCUUGGGCAGCAAUCCUGGGUCACUGCCUGGAAGCCCAGCUUUGCCCCCAGUGCAGGAUGAGGUGUUCGAGUUUCCUGGGGUCACUGCUGGCCACCGGGACCUGGACAGCAGAGCUAUCACACUGGUCACAGGCUCUUCUCGUAAAAUCUCCGUGAGGCUACAGAGAGCCACCACUAGUCAGGCUACGCAGACGGAACCCGUGUGGUCAGAGGCUGGCUGGGGAGACUCGGGGUCCCAUACAUUCCCCAAAAUGAAAUCCAAGUUCCAUGACAAAGCAGCCAAGGACAAAGGCUUUGCCAAGUGGGAAAACGAGAAGCCCACGGUACAGGUACAGGCUGGUGUGGAGGUUGUAGACCGAGGCACUGCAUUCGAUCCUGACCAGGAUGAAGGACAAGAUGAAGCCAAACAGGAUGGUGAGGAUGGCUGAGCUCAGGCUGGGGGAACUGAAGGCCAUCGUGUCAGCUUUGGGGAGAGAGAAGA